AUGAGGUAUUUAUUGAAUAUAAUGCAAGAGGAUUGGAGGAUAUAUAAGAAAGUAAAGAACGAGUUUGACGUUCUUUGUGAACAAUAUGCAGUAGGAAAGAAGCUUACUACUAGUUUUGCAGCUUUUUUAUUCGGAUUAAUAACACCGUUUGCGGCAAUGCCAUUACUGCUGAAUGCAGCUGACACUUUAGGAUUCAGCAAUGUGUCCAGCGAUCGACCGUUGGUAUUUCGAGUUGAACAUUUCGUGGAUGUGGACAAAUACUACUAUACCCUUUUAGUGCAUUCAUACUUUGGUACUAUAGCAUUUACUGCGAUUGUUGUCUCUAUCAACUCGAUAAUAGCUGUGUACGUCCUACACGAAUGCGGACUUUGUGAAAUCUUAAGAGUGAAACUAGAAAAUUUCGUGGAAGAUGAUACCAUAAACGUGGAACUGCAUCUCAACAAGCGCAUAGACAGAUGGUAUCAAAAUUUCAGAGAGUGUGUACUCUUGCAUAAGCACAUAAUCGAAUUUGCUAAUCUACUUGAGGAAGCAAAUACCACGUCUUAUUUGUUCCAGUUGGGGUUUAACAUGAUUUGCGUAAGCUUCACACAGUUUCAGACGGUAAUAAAUUUACAAGAUACACCCAAGGCUCUCAGAUAUGUUUCAGUCACGAUUUGCUUGUUAUGCGACCUUUUGUUUGUAAGCUGGCCAGGACAACGAUUGUCCGAUUAUACUGAACGCAUCUUCGAAUAUACGACAAAUGGCAAAUGGUAUGAAUCGUCAUAUAAUUGCAGAAAACUUCUGAUAAUAAUGUUAUCAAAAAGCUUAACAUCUCUUAAAUUAACGGCUUGCAAAAUCUACACAUUAAAUUUAGAAAGUUUCAAUGCGUGCAGAUAUGAGAAGUUGGCUAACAUAAAGAAUGUGGGUCUGAUUGAUUAUAGUGUAAUAGGCCCACCUUCUCUUACACAAUCACAAAAGCAGGGCACAUGUAUUUUUGUUAUUGGCCAAAACGGUCACACCUGCUAG